AUGGAGAAAAGCGAUGACUUCUUAGAGUCAACUCCGGCGACAGCGUUCCGGUUGAAAUGGGACGUGUUUUUGAGCUUCCGAGGAGAAGACACCAGAGAUGACUUCACCGAUCAUCUAUACAACGCCCUAUUCUCCAAUGAGAUCCGGGUCUUUCGAGACAACGAUGGAAUGGAUCGGGGCGAUGAGAUAGGACCGAGUUUGAUCGAAGCGAUCGAGGACUCGGCGGCGGCUGUUGCUGUUAUAUCGCCGAAUUAUGCAUCCUCAUGGUGGUGCCUGGAGGAGCUGGCCAGACUCUACGAGUCGGGGAAACUUGUGCUCCCCGUGUUCUUCGAUGUUGACCCGUCGGACGUGAGAAGACAGAGAGGGCCAUUUAAGGAAGGUAUUGACAGUUUGGAGGUAAAGUGUGGAGUGGAGAAAGUGAAGAGAUGGAGGAAUGCAAUGGCAAGAGUUGGAGGAAUUUCUGGUUGGGUUUACGAGAACAUCAGGUUAAUUUACUCGAUCUCCGUCUCUCUUUCUAACAUUUAUAUGAAAACCCUAAAUUAUCAUGAUUCUUGA